GGAGAAGGGGUGAGAAGGAGAGAGGGAUUGAGGAAAACAGAUGAUGAGAGGGAGGAGGAGGAGGAGGAGGAGAGGGAGGAGCAGAGCGGAGGCAGGCACUCAGUCUGUUCACUCGCAGGAGGAAUCAGCGGCAGCAGGACAAUGGAGCGUCUCCCCCACGGAUCCUAACGGGCGCCGGGCGGUUUCCGACAAGCUGCAACACAAGGAGGUGAAUGUAAAACAGCUCCAGGAUGCUGCCGUCCUCAUCCCUGCUGGCCUGUUGUUCAUCAGGGGGUAUCUGAUUUACCAAACAUGAUGAAGACUGAGCCCACAUCGGCCACGGGGGGCAAUGGGGCAUCAAGUGGGAGCAGUGGGGGAAGCGGGAGCUCGAAUCUGCGGAGCCCCUCACCCCAUCGCAACGCCUAUGAGGCGGGGCUGGCGGCACUGAAGAAGGCCACCGACCACCUCAACAAUGCCGCCAACGGAGGCUCGGACCCCGCCUCUAAGCCCGCUCCGCUGCCCCGCCCGACCGCGAGGGGCCGGAGAUAUGGAUCAAACGUUCACCGCAUCAAGAACAUGUUCAUGCAGAUGCAGUCUCCUGGCGACGAGGAGGACGGAGCCAAAAUGAUUGGUAAAGAGCAGGCGGUUAAACUGUCCCUACCAAGGGCAUCCAGCCUCAACGAGAACGUCGACCACAGCGCCCUGCUCAAACUCGGGGGCACGGUUUCAGAGAGGGUCAACCGGUUUGACUCUAAAGCAAGCGGGGAGGGUGUGUGCUCUUCCAUGGGUCUCUCCAAACUGCAGGAGACCAGGAGGAUCUUCGAGCAGCGGACUCUACAGGAGAAGCAAGCGGCCACUAACCGGAUCUUGCUGAAGAAGGAGCGAGCAUCAGGCUUCCAGGGCAGCCGUCUAGACGUUGUGGCUCGCUUUAACGGCUCCACUGAGGCUCUGGACAGGCUGGACGACCCCCCUGCUCACUCUUCCGCUACUGUUCCUGCUGCUGCAGAUUCAGUCGGGCCCGGUGAGGCCGUCAGCCCCACCGUGAGCCAGCUGAGUGCCGUGUUCGAGAAGGGUGAUCUGCAAAACAAUCUCUACCUCCCCCAGCGUCGGUCAGCCCCUGCCCUAGCACCAAAGCCCAAACCUCCAGCCAGAGCGGAGGCUGUCGGCAGGAAGGAGAAGGUGUUGCCUCCAAGUAAGGAGGACCCCGAGGAGGAGGCAGUGGAAUUAGUGAGCACUCAAGCAGCAGAGCUACCAGAAGUGACGGGUUCUCUACAGGGGAGCAUAGGAGUGGUGGCCAGCGAGGAGAAGGAGGGGUUCAGACAGUCAGGAGACCAGCUCUCCAGCUCCUCCUACUCCUCGUCGUCCUCAGUGGCUGUCACUUCCUCCUCUUCCUCUGCAGAGGCCAAACUGGAGUCAGAGGCCCAGCCAACAGCGACUGAAGCCAGGGGCUCAAGUACGGUGGUUGCCCCAGAGCGGGAGCCACAAGCUGAUGAGCAGGAUGGCUCUACUGGGGGGUCCGAGGCCGUAGCAAGGCUUGUGCAAGCAGAAGUUCAUGCCUCAUUGGAAAAUGGAGAAAAAGAUCCUCCGGGUUCCUCUCCCUCCUCGGAGGAGAAAGGAGAGGACUUUGAGAGGAGGGGCGAGGAGGAGGAAGAGGAGAAUGAUGAGGAUGGCUCGAGGAAGGAGGAUUAUUCAGAGGGGGAUCUGGUGGAUAUCAGUGCAUACAGCGGGCUUGGCGAGGAGGACUCUGGGGGGAGCCAACUGGACGAUGAGGAGGAUGAAGAAGAUGAAGAGGCGUAUCAGCCGGAGACCAGUUGCUCUGAGAUCAUGGGUCUCCCUGAAGAAGAGGAGCCUGCGCCAUUAAAUAGGAAGAUUCGAUUUAGCACUGAGCCAAUCAAGGUCUUCACCACCUACUCUAACGAAGACUAUGAUCGACGUAACGAUGAUGUCGACCCCAUGGCCGCCUCAGCUGAGUACGAGCUGGAGAAGAGAGUCGAGAAGCUGGACCUAUUUCCUGUCGAACUGGAGAAAGACAGUGAUGGCCUGGGUAUCAGUAUCAUAGGUAUGGGUGCAGGAGCCGAUAUGGGUCUGGAGAAACUGGGGAUCUUCGUUAAGACAGUAACCGAGGGUGGGGCUGCACAGAGAGACGGCAGGAUCCAGGUCAACGAUCUGAUAGUGGAGGUUGAUGGGACCAGCCUGGUUGGCGUCACUCAGAGCUUUGCUGCCUCUGUCCUCCGCAACACCACGGGCACCGUCAGGUUUGUGAUUGGCCGGGAGAAGCCAGGGGAGCAGAGUGAAGUGGCUCAGCUGAUCCAGCAAACUCUGGAACAGGAGAGAUGGCAGAGAGAGAUGAUGGAGCAGAGAUACAAACAGUACAUGGACGAUGAUGAGGAGACAGGUGAAUAUGCAACAGACGAGGAGGAGGAGAUGAGUCCGGUGUUUCCGAACUCCAUUGAGGUUUUCGACCUGGCAGAGAACCAGGACAUGUUGUCUCCUGUGGAGCUGGACCCCGAGAAGCUGGCCCACAAAUUCAAGGAGCUCCAGAUUAAACAUGCAGUAACCCAGGCGGAGAUCCAGCUGCUAAAGAGAAAGCUGGCUCACGCAGAGCAGGACAAGUUGCGUUGGCGGAUGGAGCGCGCUCAGUUGGAACAAAACAUCCGGGACAGUAAAGAGAGGAUGGAGAAACUGGAGGGCUACUGGAUGGAGGCACAGUCCUUGUGUAAGGCAGUGGAUGAACACCUGAAGGAAACCCAGGCUCAGUACCAAACCCUAGAGAGGAAAUACAGCAAAGCCAAGAGACUGAUCAAAGAGUACCAGCAGAAGGAGAUUGAGUACCUGAAGAAGGAGACAGCUCAGCGUCGAGCGCAGAGAGAGAAGACGAGCACACACACAAGAGAGAGAAGAAACCUGCAGGAAAAGAUUACAGACCUGGAGACCAAAGUGGAUGCCCUGAAGACCCCCAAAGCCUCCUAGACUGCUGCUACUUCCUACCUCCUUUCUGUGACUGGACGAGGAGGAGCUCUGCCUUCACUCUGACCGGGGCUGUGUUUUAUUCCCACCGACCAUUUACUGCACAGACGGGGAACGGGGCAAAAGAAGAUGAUCACGGAAGCCAGUGGGAAAAGAGAGGACGGGGGGGGGGGUGACAUACAAAGACGAAAGCACCCUCUCAUCUGACAUCUGCCAGCUGCUUAGAGCUCCGUCAGUCAAUAAGCAAUCCCAGAAUGCACCCUCUGUAAUACCCAGAAUCCUCCUUGUGUGUCUUCCUGGCAACCGGCUUGGCAAUCAGCACAGAAACCAACUUCAACAACUUGUACUUUAUUUAUGGAUGAUCUGUUUUCACUUCUGCUCUCCUCAUUGACAGUAUCUUCCCGAGACUCUGUCUUUGACUCAACUUUAUUUUCAAAAGGCGCGUUUCACAAACAGGCUCGUCACGAAGUGCUUUACAGUGCGACAGAGGGCAAAAGGGCAGCAACAAAGCAAAGACAGGGCGAAGGUCAUUUGAUUGCCGUUGUACUACUUUGGAACUAGGUGGUUGCCGAACCAUCUCUUUUAUUUUCUGGGACUGGACUGGAGUCUUCUGAGGAGGACAAACGUGUGUUCUCUUACAUGGCGUCGACCAUUCGAAUCAAAAACUAUGAGGAGAAGUGGCCGCCUCAUUUUUAAAGACGUGGAUAGUAAUGACAAACCAUGACAAAAACUGACUCUGAAAAGGAAAUAGCCACCACCCUAUGAAAAUUAUGACACAAAAUGGCCGACAAAUUUCCGAUCAGUGACAGAAACCGGGAAAUAACAGAAGGCCCGCUCCAGCCUCUGUUCUCUCUCUUCGCGAUGGAAGGCAUCAGGCGGGAGCGUGCAUUUCAUACUGUUUGUAUAUAUUCUAUACAUGUAUUUAAAAGUGUUUAAAUGGCUUAAGCUAUUAAGGGGGUCUGAUUGCGGCGAGCGAGGAGGUGCAAUGGGUGAAUGACAACGUCUUGCUGUGGAAGGUGGCACGGUUCGGCAGCCCAGAUUCAGCUCAUCUCUUCUCUAUCAGCGUCAAUCAAUAUUCUCAUAUGUGCUUAUAGAGCUUCUGAUGGUGUAUAUUUGUUGUUGUGUUUACUGCAGUAUCUGUGGGUUUACAUGCACUCCAGCAUCCCCUCGUUCAGCAUAGUCGUGUACUUUAUUCUUCAGUUGGUGCAAGGAAACGUUGCUUUCUGUUUUCAGAAAUUUGCUCUAAUCCAGGGUCACCAAAAAAAAAAGCUGAAUAUGCUGGUAUUCUGAGGCUAACGUGUGUACGGCCUCCACUGUGCACCCGCUGCACACUUUCCAGAGCUCAGGCUACAGGGUAAACUGAGAAUAUUCACUUAAUUCCUCUAUUCAGAAACAGGGUCAGUAGUUAAAACAUUUCUCGGAGACAGAACUUCUCUGGACAUAAUCAAAUUGGUUGAGUUAAACUUAAGUAGCAAAAACUUCCCAACCAAUAGUGGAUUUUCGAGCCAGAUAUUCUGAUAACAAUGUAUUGAACGAGACUGAAGGACAUUUUACAGUUGAAAAAUAAGUUUGUCAGUGCUCUGCAAACAGCAACGUGACCUCAAACAUAUCUAUGACAGUGUGUGUGCCAGUUCCCUGUUACUUAUCAGCUAAUAUCAGCUGAUAAUACCGGCCGCGGCCAAAGAACAGCUACAAGCAUUGUUUUUGGUUUUUUUGUAAGCAACUCAAAUGUACCUAAUUGUGAACUUUUAAACACAAGUCAAGUGUUAGUAUAUGUAUUAGAGCGUGACCAGUAAAUUGACGGGCUGGUAUGGAAGCAAAAAAAGGCCAAAAUAAUUGAAUUAUAUAAGCAGCUGAAUAUGUCACUUUGAAAUGUAACAGCUACUGAAUACCUAAUGUUACAUUUUAAAUGUCGCUGAAAUGUUUUCAUUUCAUGCCAUCUGUGUGAAUUUCUUCCUUCAGGUUCGAAUGAUUAUCCUCGGCAGUCUGAAAUUCUGAAAUCUGUAUUUUGGGUGUCUUAUUGUGACCGAUGCAUUUUUAAACGACUUGAUUUUUGACCUGAUUUGAAUUCUUCGAUCGGAAUGUCACAGACUUAUAUGAGGAGAGUUUUGAAGCUUGAAUUUUGAAUUUGUGAACCCUCACAAAAAAAACAAAAACAAACAACGUAAAUCAAGUUUUUGCAAUUGUACAACUUAAAAGUACCUUCUGGAACUUUCAGAAGGGGGAUUCAAACCAAAUACUGUCCGACAGACGGAUUUCAAAAUACUUCACUGCUAUAAACGUAGCGGUAUUUCAAGCUCAGUUCAAUUACAUACUCAGACGCACUCAAAUAUGAAAAAACAACCUUUUCAGGUGCUUAUAAAACUCAAAUGAUUAUGGCCUCUCUUGGAUUUCAUAUUGGCCUGUCAGGCUGUAGGAGCCAUACUAAGUAAUUUAGGUUAUAUAGUCAGCCUUUAAAAAGUCUUCCUAAGAAAGUUCAAGUUACAAUUGUGUUGAUAUUUCAAUCAGCAUUUGUCUUAGCUAGUCGAGCCUUUCUGUGCUAGCGUACCAGGAUAGUUGCCUCUGAGAAAUGUUUGUCUAACUAGACCUUUCACAUGGAGAUCAGCUGCAGUGUUACUCCGAAAGCAACGUGCAUGUAAACGCACCCCGCACAUCUUACAUUAGGACAUGAGUAGAGGGUCCCGGUGCCAGUAUUAUGACUUUAGACAGUGAACUUAAGUUAGUGAUACACACUGUAUAUUAUGCCCGUCAUCGUCCAGAUGCCAAUCCGAACAUGUUGUGUGGUCAUUAAAGGACAGGUCAUUUUGAGGAACCCGAGAAACACUGGCCGUGCAUCAGGUCCAUCCACACUCCUUUUUUUCCCCCCAACAAAGCUUUUUCUUCAGUCAGGUAAAUUGGGUAAGUUAGGACACAGCAGAAGAAAAGUGGUCAAAAAGGCUCGCGAGGCUUAAAACUUGAGUCACUUGGCUAAUGCAGAACUGUCUUAACGUACCAGUGGAAAUGGUAGUUAAUGGCAAUUUCUCCAUUCCCCACAAGGAGAAUGGAGAAAAUGACGGUUAAGGAUUGAACUGUGACUCCGUGGAAACAUUACAGUCUGUAUGUUUAACUAUUCUGAUUUGACUGUUAUCCAGUGGUUGAUGAUGGCGGGUUGAUGUUCCACAUAUGAAGUUCAUAUUUGCAUGUGGAUGGCAAAAUGGUGCUCAGUAAGACAGUGUUCAACACAAGGAACUUACACAAAGUUUUGGACGGGCCAGAUGUGUAUUUUGCUGCUCUAGUGUUGUCAUUCACCACGGUGAUUAUUCUGAGUUCGUGUAUGUGUCGUUUGAGACAAUACAGCUUGCUGGCAAGCUCCCGUUAGGCUGCAUUCAUUGAAAAUGCCGAAUUCGGCUACUUAAGUUCUAGUGAAUCCUGAAUAAAACCAGGUUUGGUUCAGAAAGAUUUUCCCCCUGUUGUAAGAUCCAGAGAAGCUAAGGACAGUGAAAAUCCACUUCUCCCGCGUUGUGCUGAAGGUCUGUGUGGAGAUCAAAUUUGUCGGUCGGUCGGUCCACCACCCUGGUCCAGACUGAAAUCUCUCAGCAACUGCUGGAUGGAUUGACAUGAAAUUUUGCCCAAACAUUCAUGGUGUCCAGAGGAUGACGCCUAAUGACUUUCCAUCUAGCGCCACCGUCAGGUAAAAAAUAUUGAUUCGUCCAUUCCCUGGGUUUACGAGCAUACCAGCAGACCUCUGUUAGUAUUAUGUGGUUAAUGUUGGCACGCUUAUGGUGAACAUGGUAAACUUUACCCCUUCUAACCAUCAGCAUGUUAGCAUUGUCAUUGUGAGCAGAAUUGCAUGCUAACACUAGCAUUUAGCUCAACGCGCUGCUGUGUCUAACUACAGUACAGAGCCGCUAGCAUGGCUGUAGCCUCUAGUUUUGUUAAACUUGUGAAAAACGGAAAAUAUUUUGUUUGUUUUAAUAUCUUGCAAACACAAAAUAACUUUCAUAGAUCACCAACAUGUGGAUAAAGCAGUUGUGCUUGAAUGCUGCGUUUCCAAGGUUGCGGCUUGUUAGCUAGAGUCAUGGGUUGUUGUCCCUUCGCACGUUGAUGUACUUGCUCUCCAACAUGUCCCUGUCUUCACCACCCCCCUAAUGACAAGUCCCUCUGAUGUGUUUGAGCUGAAGCGUCUGAAUCGAUACCUCUGACGGAGACAUUCAGUGACUCGUGGGAGUGAAAUUUGUGUACUGCUCCGCUCAAGAACGGUCGGGGAGUUAUUUAGUCACAAACAGGAAUAGGAGAACUUUGGACCAAAAGACAUGUCAUUUUCCUGUUUCUAAAGUUGUGCUGCAGUCUUCCCGCCUGCCCCGAUGUAAUUCUGUUCGAACUGGACAAGGGGGAGCAACUCCACACUCACAGCGUAAAGGUCGUGUUUUCAUGCACAAUUGAAUGGGACAGAAACACAUUUUUUCUUUAUAAAAAAAAACACCAAGUAUUUGCUCAAAACUUUCAGUCUGUUUACUUAGUGCUGUUGGACGGGAACAAAGGCUGCUUGAGAGAGAGCAGUUUUAAAGGAGUGAAAAUCAGCCAUAAGCAACCCACUAGGGUAUUUUUCAUUAUUUUUACUACAGUUUUAUCUCCGUGUCAAACCAAUGUGAGCUGUAUAGUUGCCGUUUCAUCACCAAAUCAAGUCCUGGUCACAGCUAGCGAUCACUUUGCCUCCUUACCUUAUGACUUUUUCUUCUUAGUUGACAUGCUGCUUCUGCCUUUACAAAGCCUUCAGAUGUGCGCUCGCUGUAGCCGCCUGUCACAGUUGUUACACGUCAUGCCAGCCCAUCGCUCAUACCUGCAUUCAAAAACGGAAGAAGGGUUACCAGCGUUUAAAGAGUGCUUGCCAGUGACUACAGACAAGCGGCCAUGUUGGAAGACUGACAGAUUGUAGCACUGCAGCAUUGAACUAUUGUAACAGACUGUAGACAGACCGAUGCCUUUCUCCGUGACACUUCUCCAGUGUUUUGUCAUUACUUCUCGUAUUUUAACUAUCUAUGAAACUGCUUUCUUGGAGCCUCGCUUUCAAAACCAGUUUCCCACCGGUGGCCUCUGAGCAGCUCUGUUGGAGCAGGUGAUAGGGUUUAGUGCCUUGCUUAAGGGUUAAGGAUAAUGAUUGUUGAGAGUAGCCUGUCCAGGCGUUCCAACGCCAGCACCCUGUUAUCUGGGCCUCGCUGUCGCCCUGGCUUGACGAGUGAGCCUCCUGGUCAGAAUUGCAUCAAGGUGGUUGGAGCCCAUCACACCUGCUGACGGGUCUAGCUCCUUUUGACCUUGUGGAUGCGAAGGCCAUUUUUGAUGCUCGGGGUGGAGACCUAUCUGGACAGCUGCCGUAUUCACCGGUACCCACUCUUUGAACACCUGACAGCCAGAGCCAGCAGAACAAGUAGAACGGACGACUGUGGCACCAAGAACAGACUCGUGCUCGCGUAACGUGUUUCACAGCGACUUUUAAGAAUCUGGAAAAAACUGGGGGAAAGUUUCAAAAUGCAAACAAAAAUCAGAAAAUACAGAAGAUGUGGUAUUUUAUUUUUUAUUAUUUUUUUGUUGGAAUUUUCCAUUUGCAUUGUUUUAUGAUGACCCCAAUUCCAUGGCAUUUUAGAGGAAUUUCAGUCCUGUUUUUAUAAUAUGAACCCAUGGCUUGACUUCUUCAGAUACAGGGAGGAAAUUAGAAUUAGGCGUCAGGUGGUACGCUAAACGAAUGACCAUGGGUGAGCGGGACUAUCUGACGGUGUGUGAGCCGACCUUUGAGUGCGUCUCAGGUCUGAAAUCGAUUUCCUUCUCUGCCUGGUUCUGUUCUUCAGUUGAUGCCACCAUGUUUGUCUGAACCGAUACCUGUCUGUCAGCAUUAAUGAAUAAACAUGUUGAACAAGAAGGCAAGAGGAAACCUCAUUUGUUUACUGUUCGUCUUUGCAAUGGUUUAUGCACCCGCGGCCUUACGACCCUGCCCUCGCCAACUCUCGCUGUACUUAGAGAGUACUGGAGGAGGAAGCGGUCCAUUACGGUCCCAACCUGCUGCCUUCGGGGACGAUGUCUGUCUCCAGGAGCCACACGCUGUUCCUUUACUUCAGUACCACACAUUAAUGUAAAAAUACUCCACCACAAAUAAACGUCCUGUAUUCAGGAGUAUUAAGAGCAAAUGUACCUAAAUUAUCAAAAGUAGAAACAGUCGUUCUGAUAUAUUAUCCUACUAAA